UUCCGGCGCAGUUGGAUGACGUUUUGGAGUAGCCGGUGCGAUCCGGAUUCGGAUCCGUUGCUGAGGUUGGUGGUACAUGUAAUCGGAUUCUGCUCCGACUCCUGGAUGGACUACACGGUUCAUGAGGCGUGGAAUGACGCCACCAACGUUUAUCUGAUGGCCGGGCUGCUGAGUGUCGGGCUGCUGCUUUAUGCGAGGAGAAAUAAAAGACAGAUCAUGAGAAUAUUCACUGUCCCUCCUCCUGGUAAUUCCAGUCCAGAGCCCAACUUCUAUGACAACCUACAGAAGGUUCGCUUACGCCAGCAACUGGACAUGUACUCAAUCGCACGCAAGUACGAGCAAGAGCAGGGACAGUUGGACAGCGUACAGCUUACAAUGGAAUGAUACUUCUAAUGCCAUUAUUGAUAGAAAUAGAAGAGUGUGUGGGACAGUUGGACAAGCUAGAAAACCCAAUAAAUUGCUCCUUCAAAGACUGAAAUUGGUGGGGAGAUGCUGGGAAUUGAAUAUUUAAUACCCACAUCCACAGGACUACAAAACAAGAGAUGUAGAGGUUACUUUUCACCUCACAUAAAUAUUUUUCCAUCCUUCACAUAUAACAGCAAUCAUAUCAGUUGUGAAAAUUUUCUCCUGAGAAAUAUGGAAAAGGGAAUCAAGAUCCCCAGAACGCUGGUGUUAAUACAUCUAAGUAGAGUAACUGCUUCCUUAACCUGGUACCAUGACCAACCCAAAGGUUUCGAAGUUUGUAUUACUGGAUUACUGAGAAUGUUUGUUUUUGAGGAUUGAAUUUGUUAUGAAUGACUGGAUUGUUUUCAAUUAGGAGUUAAACAAUUCCAAUAUAAGAUUCCUACAUACAGAGCUUGGUUUAACAUAAACAAAAAUGUAUUGGUCAAAGUGCAACUUUGUUAUGGAACAGAACAGCACAUUUGGCCCACUACCUUAUAACCUACUCUAAAAUUCAUCUAACUCUUCCCUCCCACAUAAUCCUCCAUUAGUGCCUAACUAGAUUCUCUUAAAUUUCCCUUGUGCAUCUGCCUCUACCACCACCCCUGGCAGGAGGCUCCACGGACUUGCUACUCCGUGUAUUAAAAAAAAACUUAACCUCUGUCAUCUAUUCUAUCUUGUGAGAUGUUACUGAUACUUGGUAUAAAAUUUUAAUUCACCGUAAAGGUUAGAAUUAUAUGGCUUAUAAAAGAAGAAAUAAUGUUCACAAUUAUUUUAAAAUGAAAAUACUCUGAUCAAUGGUCAGAUAAUUUUCUGUUUUUCCUUUUUCACAACAUCUUCUGCUAUUGAGGUGUCCAUGGGCAUUUGUGGAUUUGAGUGUCAUUUUGCCGAUAACUCUAGAACAUGUAAUGUUCAUUUCCCUGCCUUUCAGCAGGGGUGACUGGCUAAUGAGCUAGGAUGAUAAGUGGAACGUCACCUCUAUCUUCGCAGCUGUUGGAAUCAUAGACAAAUGUAAAUUCAGGACUUGACGGAUUUUGAAUUAAGAUAUUUCUGAUCUGUUUGCUACUCAGUGUGCAAUUUAUAGGACAGGCAUCUUCAGGAAUUUGUGCAUCGGUAAUUUUUCAGCUACCUGAGGAGGUUGUUUUGAUGGUAUGUUUUUGAAUGGUGACUUGGUUUUGAUUGUGAUGUAUCUAGGUUUGACCCCAAAAACAAAUGGACAGCAACUCUGCUCCACAAAUUAAUUUCAGUCAGUGUUAAUUUGACUGGGUGAAUAUUUAUGCUUUCUUUGAAAAUAUCUGAAAAUGUUAUCAAUAAAAUAUUUUUAAAUGCUU